AUGGCGUCCGCCGCGGCGACGGCCGCCGCGAGGCGCCGCGCCGCCGCCGCGGCGCGCGCGCGCGUCUGCGCCGCGGUCGCGGCCGCGCGCCACGCGCGGAACCCGCGCGCGGCGCGCGGUCCCCGGAUGCGCCUCGUCCUCUGCCUCGCGGUCGCAAACGCGCUCAACGUCGUGCGCGCGCCGCCGAAGACGCAGACCAUGGGCGCCGUCGCCGCCUGGCACGCCACGCGCAAGAACGAGAUCACGCGGCGCCUCGGGCGCGACGCCGUCGCCGAGCUCGAGGCGCCGACGCCGGCGCGCACGCUGUCGUGCCUCGCGGCGGUCAACGUCGCGAACGUGUACCUCGCGUCGGCGACGCCGGCGCUCGGCGGCCUCUGGUGGCUCGUCGUCGCGGCGACCGUCGGCGCGUGGUGCAGCCUCGCCCAGUUCGCGCUGCUCCACGACGUCGUCCACGGCGGCGCGGACGUCGGCGGCGCGCCGGGCGAGCGGCGGCGGUUCCGCGAGCGCGUGUUGAAGUAUGGGAGCCAGCCGAGCGUCUUCGGCUACUGGCUCUACCUCGCCCUGGGCCACCUCAACCACCACGCGGCGACGGGCGACUUCACGGCGAAGGAGCUCUUUGCGUCGUCGGAGCUCGCGUUCGAGGACGGCGACCUCUUCUUCGCGUCGCACCGCCAGGACUCGCCCGGCGGCGGCGACGACGACCCGGCCUGCAUCUCCAUCGCGCGGGCGUCCUACCGCACGCUCUGGAACAACGGCGGCUCGGACCUCGCGGCGCUCGGCAACGCGGCCGCGUACGCGCUGUCGAUGUCGCUCGAGCGCGCGGCGCUCUGCGGCAACGACAAGCUCGUCGCGCUCACGGACUCGAACCGCCUCUUCUUCCCGAACAAGCCCCCCGCGUUCCACGAGAUGUGCGGGUCCUACGCGCGCGCCGCGGCGCUCGCGCAGUGCGGCGUCGUCGUUCUGGCGCACGGCGACCUCCGCGCGCUCGCGUACCUGCUCGUCGCGGAGACGGCGUGGCAGGUGCCGCCCUGGCCCGCGGCGUCCCUCUUCGUGAGCAACCACGGCGUCCACGACGACGGCGCGGGCGUCGGCGGCGCGGGCCCGGCGGACCGGCCGACGUACUCCGUCUACGGCGGCGGCCUCUUCGACGCGCUCUGCUUCAACGCCAACUACCACUGCGAGCACCACGACUUCCCCAAGGUGCCCCUCUGGCGCCUCCCGGAGCUCCGGCGCCGCGCGGGCGCCGACUUCUACCCGGAGUCGCCGCCGUGGACGGACGUCCUCGACGCGGCCUUCCGGCGCCGCGUGACCUACCCGAAGUGGAACCGGGAGGCCGUCGCGACGUCCGAGCUGUCGCUGCUCUAG